AUGUCGUGUUCAUUGUCAGGCUCAUUCUUCCAUCAACAGGAAAUGACGGUACGAUAUCAAGAUGUGGUUUGUGCUUUCAUAGUAGAAGAUAAACAGAGCAAAGCAUCCGAAGAGGUGACAAAUUCAUCUUCAUUUCGAGUAUUGUGCUCACAAAGAUACGAUGAUGCCGAACAUUUCCCAUCAAUGUACGAAUUCCCGGGUGGAAAAGUAGAUGAAGGCGAAACACAUAUACAGACGAUGAAACGGGAAUGCUCAGAAGAGCUCGGAAUAGAGGUUGAGCCGAUUGUUUCAAAUAGCACAGAAGGAGACGUGAUUGCCAUUAAACCGUGCUACUCUUUCCAUCAUGAGCCGAAACAAGAUAAGAGAUUGGGUGGACUGGUGACUUUCCGUUUAUUCUUCUAUUGGGCAAAAAUAGUCAAUAAUUCACAGCCUAAAGCAUUGGCAAGUCAAAAAGUAGAAUGGCUAACUCCAGAGCAGAUGGGUAAAUUAACCUUUUGUCCAGGAGAUGAAGGUAUCAUUGAAGAUAUGCUUUCGGGUACUCUAAGACCUCCAGAAUGA